AUAAUAAUCAACUAUUUAAGUGCGAAGUGCGAGAGUGCAAUUAAUAAUAGGCAAUGAAAUGAUUUCUUCUCGCUAAUCCUUAAUAAUAAAUAAUUAUUACACACUAUUAAUUUAUAGUUUUUCGAUUGUAUGUAUGUACACUUUUUUUUCGCAAACUUUUGGAACGAAAUAUUGUACAUUUUUACGACUUAAAAAUUUUCUUAAAAUGUACUAUUACCUAAUAUCAACAUAAUGUACUUAAUUUGUUUUAUAUGUUUGGCUAGUUACCUGAAAGGUAUUUUACCAGUAGUAUUGUCCAGUAAUGUAUUUACUCCAUACAGUUUAAUUCGUCUUGCUCGCAGUACACAGAUACACAGUUUAAAAACUGUUCCUUCUAGUUUAGGACUUGCUAAUAAUGUACAAGUGAACAAUAAAUCACAAAUUGUUUUGUUAACAGAAAAUUCCACAGAACUCAAUGACAAUUUUGCUUUAAAAGAACAAUAUGAACUUCAGAAUGAAACAGAUAUACUUGACAGAUCAAAUGACACAUAUACAAAUAUCACAUCUUUACCUGAAAUUUCAAGUUAUAUGAAUUCUCAUUUUGUUUUGAUAUCAGGAGCUUCUCUUGCUGGCUGUGUGAUUCUUCUAUCAUUUGUCAUUUUAGGAUAUAUAAUGUACAAAAAAAGUAGAUGGAAUACUCCCCAAGCACUUGAUCAUUGUAGCAAUGCAGAUUCUAUUGGUUAUUUAGAUGACAUGUUCAAAGAAAAUUCUGAUGAAAUGUAUAGUUUGGACAACGAUUCAUUUUUAAAUAGCCUAGAAGCCAUGACAAUCCAAAACUACUGGACAGAAAAUGUCAAACAUACUAAAUUAUAAAUUUAGUAGAAAAUUAUCUUAAUAUGUAGUGAAGACAUGUUAAGUUAUUUAUUGGUUUGCGGCAUAUCACACUUCAUAAUAUACAAUAUACAUACCAUAAAAUAAUUAUAUUCUAUGUACUCCAAACCAAAUUAUAUCCAAGUUAACAUUGCUAAGGUUAUGGUCUAUUCUUAAAAUGUAAAGAACAUAUUUUUUAUAUUUAGUCUUUUUCCGGUACUUUAUUUUAGAGGUUUAAUAAUAAUAUUAAUAUAUAUUAUAUUUUUUUAUAGUUAAGUUAUAUAUUGUUAAAAUAUUGAACACAAUUAUGACUAAAUCUAAAAAAUAGGUUCUAAUUAGAAUUAAAUUUGUUCAUAUAUAAGUAUAUAACCUAAUAUGAUAUUACUAAAGAAUGGAGGGUUUAAAAUAUAUUUUACUGUAUACAGUGUAAUGAAAAAUAAAAAAUGAUGUGUAGCAUAUUCUAAUAAGAUAAAGUUAUGUACUCUCAUAAUUUUAUAUUUCAUUCAUAUAUUAGACCUAGUCUUUUUUUUUAUGAACAAAAAUACUUAAGUAUAUUAUUAAAGUUUCAUUCCUUGUUCUCCGUUGAAUAUUAUGUUAUGAAUGUUUCAAACUAUUUAGGUAAAUUUAAUAUUUUUAAAUUUCUUGAAUAAUGUCAUCUUAACUUUUAUUUCAGAUUUCAA